AGUGUUGGCGGCGCGGCCAGUCCACGGCGCCUUCUGCACAAACGGUCUCGCCAUUGUUGCCGCGGGGCCGCGUUCCAGGCGCAGAAGGGGCGCCGCGGGAGAGGUCGAGCCCCGGGAGGCGAGGCGAGGACACUGGCUUCGCGUCGAGAAGGAUUUUCCCCUUUCCUUAAUCAAACCAUCUUCCGUGAAACGGAGGAAAGAUGAAGUCGGCAGCAAAAGUGAUGACCACCUUGCGCCAUAGAGGAUCCCAUGGGGAAAUUCAGUUCACCGAGAAGGAGCAGGAGGCCAUGGCAGAGACGGAACUCCGGAAACUCCAGCAACAGUUCCGGAUCAUGAUGGAGAGCCGGAAAUCGUCCAGGUUCAAGAUUCAGCUGCUGCUGCACCAGCAGGAAAAACAAAUCCGCCAGUUGAAGCAAGAGAACAAUGAGAUCAAGUUAAUCCAGAGCCUCAUCCAGUCCCCGCAGAACUUACUGAUGGACGAGCAGAACUGCCUGACCCUCAAGUUCCUCCUGCACACCAAGGACCAUUGCUUGGCCUGCGUCCGAGCCACCAGGGCCCUGAUCGCGGAGCUGGACAAAAAGAUACUGCAACUGGAGGGUAAGAUUAGAAAGCAAACAAUCCUCGUGCUCAAAAUGAGGCGAGACUUCGAAGGGAAGCGGCUCCAGAAACGGCUUUACCUCUUGGACAACUGCCUCAACCAAUUAACUAUUCGUUUUGACACAAUCUUGACCAUAAACGCCAAGCUCCGUGACGACAUAGACAACCUGCAGGUCCAGAAAUCCAUCUUUGGUGGUAUUUACUGGAGGCUGUACAAACAGCUGGACCAGCAAAGGAAGACCAUAGACUUGUCCAUCGAACGGUCAAUGCAGGCUUAUGAGCAAAGGACGGAAGCUCUUGCAAGAAUCUCCGCCAUGAAGGAACGGCGGGCCAAGGACCUCGUUUCCUUCAACAUCGAAUUCCGGGAGCUGGAGCGGAUGUACAACCACGAGACCAAACGGAGGGCCUUUAUGUUCAUGAAGCUGGUGGACCGGUCUGAGUUUGAGGAGCAAGCCAAAAAGGAAGAAGCUCUGAAGGCGAAGAAGAGGGCCAAGACCAAAGGGGAAACGCAGGAGAGCUACCUGAACGGCUACAAGCGCUUACUGGACCUGACGGAAUACGGCGACAUUGACCAGCUGAUAGAGGAGUUCACCGAGAAGGAGGUGAAGAACUUUGCUCUCUUCAGCUACGUCACGGAGCUGAACAAUGAGAACGACCGGCUGCAGAAAGGCAUUGAAGACAUCCAGAAUGGCAUGAGCCGGCUGAGGGUCAAGCAGAAGAAGGAUGAAGAGGAAGCCCACCGCAAGCUGAAGGAGCUGGAAGAGCAUCUGCAGAAGACAACGGAAGGGGCCAACUGGGCCGAGUCCAAGCUGAAAGAGAGCCGGAAGAUCCUGGACCAGCUGAAAUCCAUGAUGGGCUUCUUCUUCGCGGAGAUGGACUGCGACGCCACCAAGAUCAAGGAGCACCUGGGCGAGACCGGGGACAUCACCGACCAAAACCUGAUGGCCUAUUUAAGCAUCAUUGAGAAGAAGAGCAACGACCUUCUGCUGAUCGAGUCCUUCCUGCACCACAAAGACGUGGAAGGGGAGCUGGACUUGGUCCCGAUGCUGAAUCCAUUUUUGGGAGCUUCGGCGGCACUGAGAAAGGCCGAGGCCGUUAAAAUACCCCCGCCGUCCCUCAGCGUGGAUCCCUUUGCGGAGACGACAGAGCCUUCCGUGGCGGCUCCCUUGGACUUCGGCGGCCUCCGGGCCUUGGUGCUGGAGAACCUGAACAAGGCCAAAGCGAGAGAGAGCCCCACGGAAGGGGCUGAGGGCUCCGCCCGGGAGAAGAAGAAGCCCCCCUCGUCGUAGAAGGAAACUGGUCCAAACAGAUGCUGCGACAAUGGUGACCCGUGGCCGGCGUGCCCCGGAGAGGUGCUUUGGAUUUUAGUCGGAACUUUAAUGGCGCUAUGCAAAUUGUUAAACCUGACCCAUUCCCCACUAAUACAUUCAGCACAUUUUUAAAAUUAAAAACCAAGAUAGCUUCA